ACAACGUGUGCAACACAUGCAACGUCAGAAGCAGAAGCUGCAGGCACACACACAGGCACAGAUACAGACACAGGCACAGGCACAGAUACAGGCACUGGCAAAGGCAAAGGCAAACCCACACCACUGCAUACUAACCACACACCCCACACCCGGCAAGCUAACAAACAGUUGCAGCACUCAGAGCCUGGCCAACCAAUUGGCCAACUUGCCAGCUGGGUCAUCAUGCCAAACUGCGGCACAUUCCACCGAACAGCUGCAGCCGCUCUAUGGCGGCAUUGCAUCCGAGGACUAUCGCAAGAAUCUCUUUGGCUCACUUGUCUCCCAGCGGCGACUACAGCCGCAGGCCAGCGAGGAGGAGAUGCAGGAUGAGGCGUACAUUGUGAAUGCCGCCUUUGAUGAGAUAUUUGCACGAUACGAUGACGACGGCGACGAACAGGAGGAGGAGCUGGAGUUGGACACAAGUCGCACCUACACCAAUACCAUUACAAAUACCGAUGACCUGUUUGACGAUGAGCACAUGCUGGUUAGUCUCAGCGAGCUAGAUGACGACGUCUUUGCCAGUCGAGCUCAAACGGCAUCCACGACGCCAACCACAGCCACCGCUGGACGGACGCCUAAGCACAGUCAUCCAUUGCAGAAGUAUCCAGCGCCAGCGCCACCGCUUCAACAACGCUCCAGUACGCUAAGCAAUCUCUUCGAGCGCCUCAAGAGCAACGCCAAGCGAACGCACUCGGAGCAGCAGCUGCAACCGAUGGCGGCUCCAAUGCAGUUGCAUAAAUGUGCGGCAGAACCGCAGUUGAAUGAGGACUUCAAUCGUGGCUCGACACUCAGUCAAUCGUUUGUGCGGCAGCUGAAGCGUGUGUCGCAUAAACAGAAGCGUGCACCACCAGCACCACCACCCAAGCCGCGAUCCAAUGUGGCACAUGUAACACCGCUGCGCAAUGCUCUAAUCUUUCCAAAACGCUCGAGAUCAUCAAAUGAGCUGCUGCUCGACGAUCUCAAUGUGCAGGCCCGUAAGUAUUUUCGUCGAUCCGAGCAUAGCGCAGCGGUGUAAUCAGGAUUGUAGAUAUAUGCGUACGAGCACACGUUUCUCACCUUUUUUUGCUCACCCCCUGCUCACCAACACUUACCAUUUUGUGACAUUGACCCAAAGACUUUCGACUGGUAAUAAGUAACUCUUUCAUUGCUUCAAUUCUUGGCAGAGGCGACG